GCUCUAACCGGAAGUGCUGGAUGAAUAGCUGAAUUGUCACAGCAGUGAAAUCUCCGGCUAUCAGGGCUUUGUGUGUGGUGUUAUAGAGGACAGUCAUGUCCUCAGACCUGCUGGGGGAUCUGCAUGAUGAGCUGGGGGGAGACGACUCUCCCAGUGCGGCUCUCGACCAGCUCAAACUGGUGCCGGAAAAGCAGUGGCCACAGGAUGACCCCGUCAGCAUCAGCAAGUCUGCUACAGAUAUUAAGAGUCUCAGUGAAGGCUCUCACCUGGCAUGGGAUGAUCCCUUUUAUGAUAUUGCAAGGCAUCAAAUAGUGGAAGUGGCAGGUGAUGAUAACUUUGGGCGAAAAGUGAUAGUGUUCAGCGCAUGUCGCAUGCCCCCACAUCAUCAGCUAAACCACCACAUGUUACUGAUGUACCUAAAACAGACACUGGAUAAGUAUGUGGAGAGCGAUUACACACUGAUCUACUUCCACCAUGGCAUGACCAAUGAGAACAAGUUGUCCCUCAGCUGGCUACGAGAUGCCUACCGCGAGUUUGAAAGAAAGUAUAAGAAGAACAUUAAGGCAUUUUAUAUUGUCCAUCCCACUAUGUUUAUCAGAACCGUCCUCAUCUUCUUCAAACCACUGAUCAGCUUCAAAUUUGGCCGUAAGAUCCACUACGUGAACUACCUGAGUGACCUGGAGGAGAUAGUGAAAUGUGAUCAGCUGGUUAUUCCCAGUCGAGUCAAAGCGUAUGAUGAUAAAAUCUGUAUGAAUCUGAAGCCAUCUGCGGUAUCUGGACCAAUUUCUCCCACUCGCAGCCCACCUCUCCCCUUUCAGCAGUUCGGGGUGCCGCUCUCGACGUUGAGAGACAAGGGUGCAGACUCAGAUAGAAUUCCACUGGUGAUGCGAGACACCAUCACUUUCCUGCAGGAAAAGGGUCUGCAAACAGAGGGAAUAUUCCGGCGUUCUGCUAAUGUGAGUCUGGUGAAGAACAUCCAACUCAAAUACAACUCAGGUGAGCAGGUGAAUUUCUUUGAGAUUGACGACGUGCAUUUAGCCGCAGUAAUCUUGAAGACGUUCCUCAGAGAGCUGCCAGAACCUCUGCUCACAUACAAGCUCUACAAUGAUGUCGUCAACUUUCACAGCUUGGACAGCGCAUCUCAAGCUGUUGCAGUUCGAAACAUGCUAAUGUCACUUCCUGAGGAGAACUAUGUAUCGUUGUGCUUCCUCGUCCAGUUUCUUGCUCAGGUGUCUGCCGAGAGCGAGGUGAACAAGAUGACCAACACAAACCUGGCUGUGGUGUUCGGGCCCAAUCUGCUGUGGGGACAGGACGCCGCUAUGACUCUCAGUUCCAUCGGACCAAUCAACAACUUCACCCGCGUCCUGCUUGACCUGCACAAGGAUGUUUUCAGCCAGUAAAAAUUGAUGGCCCUGCCUCUGUAUAUAAUCUACAUCAUUGUGCUUUUCUCUUUUGUGUUGCCAAAUUAAUGAGUGUUGUAAAUGAGUGAGCAUGGCAGGAAGGAAAGUAGCAGGUACAGGAAUUGAAGAGACUGAGGUUGAGUUUUUCUAGGAUACUUAUGGGUUCUUUUUUUCCUUUGGGCAUGACAAAAUUCAGACAAUCAGGAAUUUGUCUUUUCUGUGUAUCCUGCUGCAAUCAUGUAGCUAUUAUGAUUAUUACGGUACUGGUCAAACAAAGAAAUUUUACAUAGUCUCUGCUCUCAAACCAAAAUCAGUCACAUAUGCAUCCAUGUAUACACAGAAGGCUCCAAAAGUUUGAGUCCACUACCAAGAAAUUUCUCAUUUAUCAAAACAAGUGUAGGGAUGGUAACAUGGAGAACUGUGGUGAAGCAGUAAGAGGUGUUGGGUCAUUAAGAGACGAUACUAUACAUAACCUUCAAAUAAACGGUGUCAUAAUUCGAAAACUAUAUAGAUAAGGCUAACAGGAUAUUCAACUCUAUUUUGGUUACAUACAAAACAUCAAUAUUAGAUUAUUUAAAAAUUGAACAAUCAGCAGACUUUUGGACCCUAAUGUGAUUUACGAAGAUAAGUUUUGGGGGGAAAAUACAGCUCCAUAUCAUUAGAUAUAGAACAUGUGCUUUCAUGUGGCUGACUUUUUAAGGUUGCUAUUUAAGCUUUGGGGGAUUUAGAUAAUUUUGAUCUUUUUGUACAGAGAUUACUUUAGGGUCAUUCAGAGUAUAAGCUUUGCUGUGUCAUUUCGUGCAUCAGCCAUAGUCGCAGCUAUGGACCAAUAUAAAGCACUAAUACUCAAACUUGAAACACUUUUUUUUUUGUUUUGUUUAACGUUUCUCAGUAAGUCUUUAUUACAUUUAUUUAUAUAAUCUUUUUCUAUUGGUGUCAUUCUAUGCUUUUUUUUUUCCCUAUAGUGCUCUUUUAUGCUGACUGAAGAAGAGAGUUAAAAUUUUUUAAUGUCGAAAAUAGUUAUACCACACACCUGCAUACUAUACAUCUGCAUUUCGCAUACAUUUAUCAUAUGUCGUAGGGAUGAACAAUUUUCAUAAGAUGAACGUGAGCCCUGAUUUAGAUUCAGAGUCUGGGCCUCAUAUUGAGUUGACAACAAUCAUAAGGACAAGGGGAGCUGAUCCUAGAUCAGUCAGUAUGUCCGGAACCACAGCAUAGGCCUCGGUGUCUUGUAGUCAGUCACGUUGCUUUCUGGAGGCUCAGUUUAUUGUUAUGAAUGCUGAAUAUGCUAAUACUUAGAUCUGUUACUCAAAAGAAUGAAAGUGGCAGUGACUGCAGAUACAAAACCACAUGUCUGAGCUGUCUUGAACUUCCUCUUCUAAAACGUUUAAUCUUUUUGAUCUCUUUAGCAACAGAGAAAAGGUAAGUGGGUUUACUUCAGUGAUGUUAAGCUGUAAACCCGUAAGCUUUCUUGACUGAAGAAACUGCUCCCUAUGUUUCCAUAAACGUAGCACUACAUCGGUGUGCUGGGUACAGAAUGCUUUUUGCUGAAAGGAGUUUACAUGAUUCUGUAUCAUUUUCACAACAGGAGGGAAAGAUGGCCAAAUAUUUGCACAGUGGGUUACUUUCCCCCAUAAAGUUUAAAAUCCAGUCCCUGUUCACUGUGUAGUGCACCAUUUUAAGUUUUGCAGCCUUGUGGAAAAUAUCCUGUGCAUUCAUAAAACCCUAAAAUGCACUGCAGUAGGCAUAGAAUACCCAUAAUGCACUUUGCUAUUUUUAGGAAACAGGAGUCCAGCCAUGCAAUCAUGGAUGAACAGGGUUUUCCUCGAACUCAGUGCAGUAUCGUAUGCCUCCAUGUUGAAAUUUGUUAUUGUGCAUGCAAAUCCAUCUCCAAUUUGUGUCCUGUACAUUUUGGCAUAAUCAUGGUUAAAAUGUUUAGUGAGCUUCCCACAACCCACGUGUUUGUGUGCCUUAUUGGAGUUUUAGCCAUUAGAUUAUGUUGUUUUAGAUGAUAGCCUUUUGAGCCUCAUUAGUCUGCUUGGAACUGUGAACUUUGUACCUUCUUGUUGUAAAUCUCAACCCAGUGCCAACCAGAUCACCCAUGCUGUGGAUACCUGUAUUUCUACUUUCGAGGUGGAAAGCUGCUUUCUUCUGUGUAAAGGUUUUAGCUUCCAUCUUGACUGUUUGCAUAAUUCUUUUCAGAUCUGUACUUUUGUAAAAGUGGUAAUAAAUGGAAUGAGUAACAAAAUGUA